UCUGACGGUCAUAAUUCACUAAUCACGGCAGUAUACCCAGACACCCAAGUUAAAUAUAUAUGUGUAAGUCUGUAUCCCCUAAUUGUCUAGUGUGGUGACAUAUUCUAGAGAUAGGAAGACAUUAAUGUUCUGGAGACGCGGAAGAAACUGUCAUAACCGUAGAUUGAGAAGAAAGACAUAUCAGCUUAAGGAUGGCCUACCAAAACAUGCGCCGAACAUUUCGUGUGAUUGGAUAUUGCAUACUGACUGGAUCCAUUCUAACUUUUCUCAUUUUAUAUGACCGAGUAUAUGGCUUGCAUUUCAUGCUUCAAAAUGACACGAGGAUUGUCCAAACUUCAAUAUGUCACAUCCCAAACUUAUUCCCUUUCUCACCUGAUGUGAACAGAUUCAUCCAUGUACGUAAAUAUCAUACUUGUAAACAAUGGAAUCUUAUUACGUAUCAGAAAGAUUUAAAAGUGAUCGUUAACAAAACGGUUAUCAGUAAACACUACCCGAACUUCUCAAGAUGUUCAUAUCAGCCGUAUGUUAAACGAAUUAACGAUCACAAUGGAAUUAUAUUACUGAAAAAUAAAUUCAUGAAUUUUACCGAAUUUAUCAAAGUCACUGAUGAAUUUUGUGCUGUUGUUUGCUUCGAUAUGAACGGCACAAUUCUAACUCGGGAACAGCAUGCCUUUGUGAUCAGAAACGAAACUUUAAUCAAAUUAAAACAGAGAAACAGAACUGUUACCAAAAGCGAGACCCUGUCGAGGAAAAGACCACUGGAUGUUGUAAUGAUUGGUCUAGAGUCAACAUCGCGUAUGAAUUUCAUCCGUCAUAUGAAUUUUACAAGGAAUUUCCUUAGGAAGAAAAUGGCGGCCGUGGAACUGAAAGGGUAUAACAAAUUGGCCUUAAAUACCUUCCCUAACUUAAUCCCUAUGUUGUUAGGUAUCCCUGUACAGGAAAUGAACGACAGCCGCAAGUUUUAUGACAACUAUCCGUUUAUCUGGAAGGAUUUUAAGAAGGCUGGCUACGUUACCCUGAUGGGCCAGGAUGCAACUCAAACCGCUGCAUUUCAUUACCUACGUAAGGGGUUUAGACAGGCCCCUGUCGACUACUACAUGCGGCCCUAUAUAAGGGGGCUGGAGAGCACUAAUAGACACGGACUCUGUUCGGGAAACAAACUGAUAUUACAAGGUAUAUUUGAUAAAUUGGCAGAUUUUAUUACAACAUACCAUGACGUUCCUAAGUUUACCUUCACGUUUAUCUCCCAGCCGUCACACGACAACCCUAAUGGAAUAGGCAUAGUAGAUCUGCCUCUAAAACGGACACUGUCAGACCUUCACACACGUGGUCUACUCAACAAUACUCUACUACUAGUAUUUGGUGAUCAUGGCAGCAGAUAUGGACCAAUCAGGAACUCGUUUCAGGGUCGACUUGAAGAAAGCUUACCAGCUUUCUACGUUUCUCUUCCGCGUUGGUUUCGUGAAGAACACAGCGAUUUAUAUGAAAAUCUCAGGAAAAAUCGAGAUAAACUUACUAGUAAUGUUGAUGUGUAUGCUACCCUUCAUGACAUAAUAGAGCUUGGCAAAGGUCACGUGACGCCACGGGUCACUGGAAAAUACGGAACCAGUUUGCUUAGGAACAUCAGUAGAGGUCGAACGUGUGCCGAUUUAAAAAUACCGCCUAACUUUUGUAUGUGUCAAUCAUCCAGCCAUUCCUAUUCAACAAAACCAAAUUAG